GCGGAUUCAUCUUAGACUUGACUUCAUCCUCCAAGAACCUUAACCACAUUACCCCUCGUCAACCUUCACUAUGCUUGCUAGAACUCUUGUUCUCCUCUUGAUCGCCUCUUUGGGUGCUGUGGGUGCCCCGGUCAAGCGCGACGAAGAGGGCACUGUCAUCGUCGACCCGGCGCGUGAGAUCAUCUGGACCAAGAACUACGGAGAGUACGAGAAACGUGAAGAAGACGGGGCUGUUGUCGACCCCGCGCGCGAAAUCAUCUGGACCAAGAAUUAUGGAGAGAUAAAGGUGGAAGGGCUCAAAUCUGGAAACUGA